AUGGGAUGUAUUCCUGAGGUGAUUAACAAUAGUCAAUGGUGGAUUAGGGAGGGUUCUACCUCGUUCUGGUAUGCCCAUUGGUUAGACGACGGCCCUUUGUCAAGGCAUACAACACAUAUUGAUCAACCAACUCUUAAAAUCAAAGAUGUCUACUUGGAUAGUAGCUUGAAUGUGAGUCAAUUACUGCAACUUGUAGGGGAAGACAAAGAUGCGAGUGUUAUGGUAAAUGUGAGUAAAUGCAGAGAGGGGGAUGAUGUUCUUAUUUGGAAACCGAGUGGUCAAGGAACCUUCUCUUCCAAGAGUGCAUGGGACAUGAUUAGAGUCCGGUAUCCUCAAACUCCUUGGGGAACAUGGGUAUGGCAUUCUGCACUCCAAAAAAGAAUGUCAUUUAUAAUGUGGAAGGCUUUUUUUGCAGCUUUAAGUGUAGAUAAUGGAGUUCGGCAAAUGGGUGUAGCCUUAGCUUCUCGUUGUGAUUGCUGCCUCAUGGGAAUGGAAGAAACAGCUAGCCACAUUCUGAGCACAUGUGAGGCUGCAAAUGAAGUUUGGAGAAAAGUCUCAGUGGCUUUGGGCAUACGGUGGAGAUCUAAACAUAACUAG